GAUGCGUUUUUGUGCAUCGACCUAGCAAACAGCAGCUAUAUAUAUAUAUAUAGAGAGAGGAGGGUCUUGCAAUAUCAAUCCAUCAUCACAACUCAUCAAACUCAGAUCGAUUGUCAUUGAGAGCGAGCAACUAGCGCUAGCUACUACUCGAAGGCAAAAUGGACGUGAUGGAGAAGUCUCGGCGAGCUCACUUCUUGUUCGACGACGACGACCAAACGCCGCCGAAGCAGAACGGCCCCCAGAACGACGACCAGCACAACAACGACGACGGCAGCGGCUGCCUCUGCGUGUCGUGCUACGGCGGCGUCGCAAAACCAAAGGCGCCCAAGUCGUCGUCGCCGGCGAAGGACGUCGUCGCCGGCGGCCGUCCUGCUGCAGGCUCCAACUGUACCUGAUCUUACUCUAACCAUAUAUAGCUUGCUAGCGAUCGAGCUCGAUCUCAUCUCGCACCUAGCUUGAUCAUGUCGAGCAACCAUGUACGUGUUGAUCGACAUGAUCACUCUAGCUAGCUAGCUAGCUACUUCAUAUGGAUGUUGAAUAAGGGAUCAUAUCGGAGGAAGACAUGCAUGAGUGCUUAUGCAACUAUGCAAGCAUGCCCGUCUCCAAUUACUGGUACAGACUACAGAGUGAUGUAUGUUACGAGAAAUGUACUCUUUACAAAUACCAUGAACAUAUAUUAUGAUCAAUUACAUGACAGUUGUAUUAUUAA